CUUUUAACGACCCAAUCUGGAAGGUGGAGUCCCUAAUUGAGAGGAUUUUCAGCCUCGUGUAAAAUGAAAUAGUAUAAAUAGGUUUUGCAUCGUCAGUUCAAUCAGUCCAGUUCACUUUGGUCAUCAAAUAAUUCACCAUGUUCAAGUUUGUCAUUCUUGCUGCCUGCGUCUUCGCCACCGCACAAGGUGGAGCCAUCCUGGCCACCGCUCCAGUCCUUAGUGCCCCACUUUUGGGCAAGGUCACCACCCUCCCCGCCGAGACGACUAUUGUCAAGCAACAAGUGAUCGUUGACCAGCCCGAAAUCCGAUACCGAUCUGUUCCCACGGUCGUCCAAACUGCUCCCAUUGUCAAAACGGUCCAACCCAUCGUUCACGCCGCGCCAGCUUUGACCUACGCCGCCGCUCCAGCUUUGAGCUACGCCGCCGCCGUCCCCGCGGUGAGAACGAUUGCUGCUGGUACGCACUUGACCUAUGCUGCCGCACCAGCCUUCAACGCUUACAACUGGAAUGGAUUCCCAGCCGCGACUUACGCCGCGUGGUAAAAAAAUUGUUACGAAAAUUCAUAACUAGAUUAUAUUAAAUUUGUAAACUUUUCAUAUUUUUGUGUACCAAAAUUGCAAUAAAAUAAAAAUGUUUUAUACAAAAAAGUUACUUUAAUUAAAGCAGAUCAGUUUAUUAAUACCGUAUACAAAUAGAAUAAAGAUUCGCAUACAUUUAUUUUUACACUCGAAUUAAUGCAUAUGUACGAGAUGACUGACUAGUUACUUUAGAUAACUAAUAAAAUUCUAAGACUGGCCAUUUAUUUAUACAUUGAGGAUACCGGUUAAAGUUACGUUAAGUAGCAGAUUUUUUUUAUUCCUGGAGAUUAUUAAACCAAUUAAUCUUGAAUUGUUUUUAGUCAUUCUUGUUAAUUUUCUGGCCCUUAAGCAAUAUGCAACAAGGCACAGAGCUUUUAUUAUUAGUUGAUGUUGAUUGAUUUGUGAUGCGAAGCUUGUACCAUGUACAUACACAUUUAAAAAUUAAAUAUUACAUUUUUGAAACACACGCGAAUUUCCUAACAGGUCAGAUUGUUAAAAAUUUUUGGUUAAUGUGGAAGGAAUUGGAAUGUUGUAAAAUUCAAAGCACCGGAAAACGACACGAUUUGUUUGGUGAUUUAUAAAACUAAAAUUCAGUACAUGUUAUGGCAAAUUUGUGUACUUUUUCAUUAAAAUUAAUACCUGAUGUUAACUAUGAUUAAUCUGUAUUAGCGAUCUCUGAAUUAGGACUGAGUUGAAUAAUAAAUCAGGACCGAAAAAAUCAAAAGUAACUCAAAUCUAUAAUUACCUCUAAAAUCAUAAUGGAAUGGAUUAAUAUCCAUAUGAAAA